UUUUUAAUUUUAUAAUAAGUAUUUUAUAAUUUAUUAUAUUUUUAAAUAAUAUUAUUCGUGAAAUGGACCAUCCUGCUGUUCCAUCAAGAGUUGAUCGCUCUCGAAGCCCUAGAAAGAAGAGUAUAAAAACAAAUACGUUAACUGAUGCUGAGCUAUUAGAUAUUUUGGACAACGAUAAAUGGAUGUCGUCUGACGAAGAAUUUGAUGAUGAUUUUGAUGAAUGUAUUACUGAUUCUGAUGGCAAUGAUGGAGAAAAUGAAGGAGACGAUACACAAUAUAUUGAUAUAGGCGAAUUUGUUGGUUCUGGUGAGAAUGAAGUAAGUGAGGUUUUAUCUGAAAUUUAUAGUUCAACCAAUUUUAACUGGUCCACUGACUCACCUACAAAUACAGAAUAUUUUGAAUUUAUCCCUACACCUGUGCUCAAGUGUCUACCAAAUGGAGACAAUCCAAUAGAUUAUUUUAAUUUAUUAGUAACUGAUAAAUUAUUAGACAUCCUUGUUGAGGAAACUAAUAACUACGCAAUUGAAAUUUUUUUAAAUACUGUAACUGACAAUUCUAGAAUAUCGGAUUGGGUAGAUACCAAUAGAUUGGAAAUGAAAACAUUCUUAAGUUUGUUAUUUCACAUGGGAACAAUUAAAAUGCCUAGACUUGAAGAUUAUUGGAAAACAAAUAAAUUAUUUAAUUUGCCAUUUUUUCGUGCUCAUAUGAGUAGAAAUCGAUUUACAUUAUUACUCCGUGCGUUACAUUUUUCACGUAACCCAACUGAAGGCGAAUCUGUUCCUCGUAAUAGAUUACAUAAAAUUCAACCUAUUAUAAAUUACUUCAAUUCAAGGAUGAAUGAAGUAUUUGAACCAACUAAGAACUUAUCACUGGAUGAAUCUAUGGUUUUAUGGCGUGGACGGUUAAUUUUUCGACAGUAUAUUAAAAAUAAAAAACAUAAGUUUGAUGUCAAAAUGUAUAUGCUCACCGAAUCGUGGGGAUUUAUACAUAGAAUAAUGGUAUAUUCCGGACAGGGGCAUGAUGUAUCCGAGAGUAUGACUCAUACGGAAUUUGUUGUUGACAAUUUAAUGAAUGGAUUAUAUCACAAAGGGCGUUCAUUAUAUAUGGACAAUUUUUAUAAUAGUGUGAAGCUCUCAAGAAAAUUGUUGCAAAAAAGGACUUACAUUACGGGAACUUUACGUUCGAACCGUAAAAAUAAUCCUAUUGAAGUUACAAAUAAAAAACUAAAAAAAUGAGAAUCAAUAUGUAGGUACACUGAAGAUAACAUUUGUGUUGUCAAAUGGAAAGAUAAAAGAGAUGUGCUGACAAUAAGUUCGGAAUUUCCCCACUCUAUGAUAGAAAUUGAAAAAAACGGAAAUAUAAUAAAAAAACCAAAAUCAGUUAUAAAAUACAACGAAAACAUGUCUGGAAUAGAUCGCCAAGAUCAGAUGACAUCGUACUAUCCGUUUGAAAGGAAGACAUUAAGGUGGUAUAAAAAAAUCGGUAUACAUUGUUUACAUUUGUUGUUAGUAAAUUCCUAUUUUUUAUACAAUAAAUAUGCCAAAAAAACAACGCUGUACGAUUAUCGAAUAUCAGUUAUUGAAGCAUUAUUGUUAGACAAACAAAUUAUUCAAG